UCCAGAAACCAGGAAGGGAAUUGAGUUGAUCUACUGCUGCCUGUACUUUAGCGCAUACGAGGCUUUGAGAAGCAGGGACAGCCAAAGAGAGAGAGAGAGAGAGAGAGAGAGAGAGAGAGGGAGAAAGCAAGUGAGAGAGAGCUCCAGAGAGGAGAAGAGGAGGGACAAGCAAAACCCACCAAAGCAGCACCACGGCCAUCACAGACAGGCAGACGGACAGACGGCAGGACGGAGACCCGGGCGGCGGCUGCGAUUGGCGGCUCGACGGCAGGCUGGUGGAAGAUGUCGUCGGGGGCCGGCGGGCGGGCGUGUGAGGCAGAGGAGGGUCCAGUGGGCAUCCCCUUUCCUGAGCACAGCGCCGACCUGCUGGAAGGCUUGAACCGGCAGCGGCUCAGCGGCCUGCUGUGUGACGUGCUGCUGGUGGUGCAGGAGCGCGAGUUCCCCGCCCACCGCUCAGUUCUUGCCUCCUGCAGCUCUUAUUUCCACAAACUCUUUACCUCAGGCCUGGCUGCAGAGCGGCAGAGUGUUUACGCGCUGGACUUUGUGCGUGCCGAGGCGCUCGCUGCACUGCUGGACUUCGCCUACUCAUCCACACUCACCGUCAGCCGUAGCAGUGUAGCCGACAUCCUGAGCGCCGCCCGUCUGCUCGAGAUCUCACCCGUCCAAGAAAUCUGCACACACCUGCUCGACACCAAAGUGCUCUCCCUUCCGACGGGCAGCGAGAGAAGAGAGGAUGAGCUGGAAGAGGUCGGAGAGUGUGGGCGAAACAGCCGAGAGCAGGGCAACCGGCUACGCGCUCGCGAGUUCCUGGAAUUCUUCCAGCGAGGGGCUCACUGGAGCAGCAGCUGCAGUACGCCAGAGCUCAGGGACAUGCCCGCACACCUGCACUUUAGCCAUCGCAACGGCGCUGACAGCAAUGGCACGCCGUCUAACUACUUUCCUCCCCCAGGCCCAGGGCUGGCGAUGCACCCUCCACCAGACCCAGAAGAUGAUCCAGAUGAGCCACAGGACACAAAGGAGGUACUGAUCUGGACUCGAGGGAAUGGCACUGAAGCGCUCUCGCACUUCUAUGCCCCAUCAUCACAGAAUGGACACUUCUACCUCCAUCAAUCCGAGCCCAAGGCAGAGAGGGAAGCAGAAACGGAGCGCGAAGUAGAGCGUGGACCCGCCAGCGCUCUUCUGCAGCAGAUGAUGGACUCUAUAGAGCGGCAGAAGGAGAGGCCAGAUGGGGCUGAACACGAGGGCGCUGACGGAGACGAGCCUGACGUGGAGUUUUACUUGAAGUACUUUAACAGUGUGCAGCGCGAGGAAACAGCCGUUCCACUCUGGGCCUCAAUGCGAGGUGGAGAAGGUAGAGGCACUGGAGGCCAAUCUAGCACAGGCAACGCUGGCGGUGAAAGAAAAAUGCGCUCCAAAGCCUUUCAGAAGUGUCCUAUUUGCUCCAAGGUCAUCCAGGGUGCUGGCAAACUACCCCGCCACAUCCGCACGCACACUGGAGAGAAGCCCUACGAGUGUGCCAUCUGCAAAGUGCGCUUCACCAGACAGGACAAGCUCAAGGUUCACAUGCGCAAGCAUACAGGAGAGAAGCCUUACCUGUGCACGCAGUGUGGCGCCGCCUUCGCUCACAACUACGACCUGAAGAAUCACAUGCGUGUACACACGGGUUUGCGCCCCUAUCAGUGCUCCAGCUGCUUUAAGACCUUUGUACGCUCGGACCAUCUCCACCGCCACUUGAAGAAGGACGGCUGCAACGGCAUCCCGUCUCGCCGCGGACGCAAACCUCGUGUACGAGAACCCGACGUGCUCGAAGCCCCUCUGGACGCGACCGGAGGGGGGCCGAGAUCUACCAGGGGCCAACUGCAUCCGGAGGACGAGGAUGACGAGGAGGAGGAAGGGGGCAUGAGCAUGGUUGUUAUGGAACAAGCUCCAGAGAGCCGCACACACAGCCCGAAGGCUGACAGAGGCGCUAGAGGAGAUGCGAGCGCAAGGCAAAGAGACGCCACAAUGCCAUAAAAAUACACACUGCUGGUGCUGGUGUUGCACAGAAAUCAGAAAAAAAAAAUCAACAAAAAAAAAAAAAAAGCUACAACUCCAUGCUUCUCUUUAAAAACCAAAUCAGGGUGUCCCAAAAAAAUCUAAUCUUUUCAUUUCACAUUUUUCUGCGUAUUUUUUUCUUUUUUUUUAACAUUCAGGGACCUGAAGCCACAGUUACAGCCUGUUGAAACAGCGAAGAGCACUUGACAUCACUCACCUGUGCGGUCUCUGUCUUUCUGGGUGUUCCCUUUUUGUGAUUUCUGUUCUUAAUCGCUUGUCAAUAUGCAUACGAGACAAUGGAGCUACUAUGCAGUUCAAAACAGGUUCCUCAUCUCUGGGUUGGGUCCACAGGGCUUUGUCUUAAACAAGUGAGGUGUCAAACACCUGGCUGACCACGGCUGCUAAUGCGACAGGUAAACAAAGUGCGAUCCAAGACGUGUGAGAAGCAACAAAAAUGAACCUUUCUCUCGUUUUUUUCCUUCCCUAAUGCAGUGAAAAAUAUGUACAUAUACCGUAAAAGAAAAGGUUCUCUCGUCUCACAUCCAUACGGCAAUAUAUUAUGCAAUUCCGACGCAGCACCUUGUUUCUACACGUUCCAGAAAGAAUCAGACAGGGGUUUGGUUUUAAGUGUUACUUUCUCUCUCUCUAAAAGAAAAAAUAAUAAUAACAAUAACACGGUUAUGGUUAUAUCUUUAUAAAAGGGUAACAUUUCGAGUGAAAUCACAUUAAGGCCAUGGGAGGAAGAGGAUCCUGGGAUGAGGUUUCCGUGUUUCUGAAGCACUACCGUCAUCAGUUUGCCUCUAAGCAAAACCACGUUGAAUCUUUUACCUCUCUUUUUACAGAAGCCUGCAUUAUUAUUAUUUUUUUUUACUUUUUCCUCUUUUUAGAAUUCUUGGGCUCUUUUUCUUUCCUUUCCGUCUUAUAGUUUGUCGUCGUCGAUGUUUUCGUUUGAAUUGGCUGUUUUGGGUACUUGACACUUUACAUUGUUUAUGUGUGUGUGUGUGUGUGUGUGUGUGUGUAUAUAUUAGGUAAUAAUGAUAUCGGUCCCUUUAUAAAAGGUUUAUUACAGAUUGUUAGGGUUUUAUCUUCCUUCAGCUUCGCUCCAGGAAAUUUCCUAAGGGGAAGCUACUAAAGGGUGGAAGGCUGUUUGAAUGUAUGAGAACAUUUAAUCGAGGAACCCGUUUUGGUCCUGAACUUAGCACUUGAUGGAACUGGCAUGUUCCUUCCAAAAAAAACAAAACAUCUGCAUUUAUGUGUGUGUGUGUGUGUGUGAGAGAGAGAGAGAGAGAGAGAGAGAGAGAGAGAGAGAGAAAAGAUGUUGAGGGAAUCUUCCAUGGUGUAGUUUGCCAGCUUAGCGAAAUUAAGAGACAGAGAAAAAGACAGAAAGAGAGAGAGAAGAGAGAGGGGGCGCUUUUUUCCAGAUAGCGAGUGCACAAAGGCUGGGAAUGUUUUCUCUUUUCAUGCAUUGGAAGGACGGAAAAAAAGAGAUGAGCACCUUUUAUGCAUUUGCACAGCUUUACUAAAGAUUUCAUCCCAUUAGAGAAAGAAAGAAAGAACAAAAGAAAGAGAGAGAUUCCUAUUUAAAAGAGAGAAAGAGAGAGAGAGAGAUGCAAAGUUCCACAUUCUGCCCAAGGGACCACGAAUCCAUGGGACAACCGGGGAGACGAGAUAAGCAAUAAAUACUUGUUUGGGGUGGAAGGUGGAAGGGUUCGACUUUUCAUUUAUUUUCUUGAUUUCCGCAACUUGUCUCUGUCUAUUGGACACAUCCUAAGCCACGUGAUUCAAUCCCCGGGGCUGGGAGACGUCAGCACGUCAGGGUUGUGGACUCGAAAUCAAAACACACGCUUCACUCCAAAAUCUGGUAUCGUGACUGCAGUUCUGGUCAACGUAGAUGAAUCUUGUUAUUCCAAAAGUGCUUGAUGGACUUUACAGACCUCAAAGAGGAGUUUGGAGAAAACAGAGGAAAAUCUUGGUGUGAUUGCUGGUAUCAGUGGCGUAAAGAGGGUCCCCUCCUCCCGAGACGGAUAUCAUCACCCAGGCCGCCAUGGGCUUUCGCCCAAACUUUCAGUCCUUUGCACCUUAACGGGAGCGGCAGGUUUUCGAUUGCACUUUGUUACUGAGAAGGGCACUUUUUAUUUCGUCGAAAUACACGGGUACUUUGAAACAAAAGAGAGAAUGUGCUAAGAAAAAAAUGGAAAGACACCCAUCGAUGUCAUGACGCUUCGCUCGGUUCUUCGUUGUGGUUUUAGGUUGUUUUUUUUUCUUCAGACGACUGGCUGCCAAAAUCCGAUCUCUGCAGUCACGUAUUGCAGGGUAACCAUGUUGAGUUUCUGAAAUGGUGUAUGACCUUGAUUAGAAAACAAGCAGAAAAAAAGACGCCCUUAAAAAAAAAACCAAGAAGAAGAUAUUGCCCUUAUAUCUGAUUGCACUUGAAGUUUUCGUUCGAUGUAGAUAUUUUUUCCUUUGUCUUAAUAAGGGAUAUUGAGGGGGUGGCUAUACGCUUGUGUGUGUGUGAGAGUGUGUGUAAGAGUGUGUGUUGGGGUGCCUGCGUGUCUGCAGGGGUCUUCCAGUAAUUCAUAAUACUCUUAUUCUGUUUAGACAGUUGACCAGUUCAUUACUUUGGUUUAUAUCAUUAUGUGCUGAGAACAGACUUCCUUUUGUAACUCCAAUUUUUCACUCACUGACAAACCAUCUAGGGUUUGUAAUGAAAGGGACGUGUUUUGGUAUUGCAGGACCGCACCCUUAAACGGUCCUCGCUCUGGAGUGAGCUUCGUUUGUCCCGGGUCCUGACCCAUGUCCAGAAUUCUUUUUUUUUUUGCACUUUGGGUUGAUUAUCGGGAGCUCGGCUUCUGGCUGUAUAUGAAUUUUAACUCUAAAACAUUCUGUGUGUUGGUCAAACCGUAGAGCAGAGUGAAGUGUGGUGCGUGAGAUAAAAAGCCACAGCCCUAAACCUGUAAGAGAAUCGAGUAGAAAUCAUCGAGAAAAAGAAAUUGUACUUGAGUUCUGUCUUAUUGUUUUUACUCUACUUUUUUGUUGUGAUCUGUUGCUGCCUGUUUACUUAAUGAACUCUUUCUUGUUACCCUGCAAGGGUUUGUUGCGACACUUACCUUUAAGUUGUAUGAUUUGACGUGUGUAUAAAGGGGAGGGACGAGGUUACGGGGUUUAAAACCUGCGGCGUGGAAAUGGGACGGACGAUCCGGGUGGGGUUACCUGUAGCCUGAUAGCACUGGAUGUGGUGCUUAUAGCUGAAACAGCAAGAAUUUUUUUUUGCACUAAAAGUCCUUAAUUGAGGACUAGUUCACUCGGCAAGGCCUUUGAGUUUCCAUGAACGCAGAGCUUCCAUCACAGGGGGAAGGAAGCGCCAGCUCGGUGGUUAAGGCGGAUUAAUGAUCGGAAGGUCAUGAGUUCGAGUCCCACACCACCAAGAUGGCGCUGCUGGGACCCUGAGCGAGGCCCUUAACCCUUACCUGCUCAGGUGUAUAAAUAAUAUAUAAGGGUCCUCUGCCAAAUGGAAAUGGAGCCUAAUUUACGCCUGCUUCACAUCCCCUUACCUUUCUGUAAUUAUUAUUAUUCCUAAUCAUUAUAAAUCCAAAGUAAGCAAAGGAACCUGGAUUACUUGAAAAAUUUGAACUAAUAUCUGAAUAAGCUCGUCACUUUCUUACUUAAUCUACUGAUUGCAUCAGAUAAAAUUUCCAAAUAACAGCAACAUUAUUGAGCAACAUGACUCGGUUUAAAAAUCCAAAGCACACGUCAGCACAACACACGACACGAAAUGGAAAUUGUCUUCACUUAAUCGCAAAACCUGAUGGAAACGAUAAAAAAAAAUACAGAUAUCACGAUAUCUUGUCUGAAGAAGUAAUGACACAUCUGUAGGUUCAUAGCAGCUCACUGGCCUUGUCUGGGGCGUAAACAAUAUUCUAUAAAAAGGGUCCACAAGGAGUCUACAAGGAGGCUGGGUAUAAACCUGACAGGAAGCUGGAGAGGACUAGAAUGUGCCUUAACAUGGGAAGAUAUUGGGCUUGUUGGUGUUUGUGAAAAGUGCGGCUGGGCAAUAAGGCAAUACAAAAAAAACUAUCAGUGGCAUCGUGUACAAGUCCGUAUUUACGAGAUUUCUCAGGGAUCGUCAGUACUUUUUAUAACGCUGAUCGAUUCCACUGUCACACAAUAUCGACGUGCUGAUUGAGAUUAUAUACAGAGUGAGAUUUUAUAUGUUUAUAUGCAUUUCCGCCAUAUGGCCCAGUUGUAGUAAAAAAAAAGCAGCUCUGUUCUUCGCUCCUCUUCAUGUGGCAGAAGGUCGAUUUCUCAGCUCCCUUUUACGACUCCUUGGAUAGACGCUACACUGAGACGGGAUCUCUCUUUAAAAGAAACGUAUCGCUUGUAAUAUCCAAAUAUUCAUUUCUCUUUGUUUUAUUUAUUCUUGAUUCUUGAUAAGCAUUAAAUAAAUAACACAUGCGAUGUGUUUACGGUGAUUACUGUUCCAAUCAAAGAAACGAAACGUAGCGAGAGGUUGAAAAACUGAUGACUCAGCAGGCCGAGGCUUGAUUUUCCGACUAGGUAUCUGCAAGCUGUAGAGAGACUCGCGAUGUGAUUCGGCACGUCCACGGAGAGACUGCGGUCUGUUGCUUACAGGCGCUUUGCACUAGGGGUCCUUUGUGGGUGUUGGAACGGGUGGUUUGCACAGAACCUGGAGGUUGAGGAGCGUUUUUUUUUAUUACAAACAUGUCGUUAUGUUCAGGAACGAGUGAAUGCUGCCUCUCUGAUCGUGUAACAGAUGUUUGAGGUGUUUUACUGGUCAUUGAAAUGAGCAGCAGUGCUUGUGUGUGUGUGUGUGUGUGUGUGUGUGUGUGUGUGUGUGUGUGUGUGUGUGUGUGCACGUGGUAGAACACAAGUCACUGUUGUGGGAGAUUAAGGGUAAUCAUCUAUUUUUUAAGUCAAUUGUUUCUCAGGUUGAAAAACACUGCAGAUCAUUGGUUUGAUACCAACCCCAACGUUAUUUCGUUUGCCUUGCAUCUAAUCGAAGCUUUAUUACAAAGUUUGUGUUCCUGUCGAGAUUUUUGUGUACAAAACAAAACCUAUGCAGCCACCCGUAGUCCCCCGUCAUCACUCGCCUACCGUGAGCGUUCGAAGGUUCUCGGGCCGAAAGAAAAUCGGAGAGUUUUGCUUGAAGAUGGAAUAAUCAAACUGCACCUUGGUCUUUUCCCUGAGUUUACAGUACGAGCUGGCGACAUUCCAGUCUCUGGGCCACGCAAUAUCCACAGUAGAAAGAGUAGUUUGUGUCAGAGAGACUUUUUUUUUUGUCUUUUGAAGCCACCAAUGAAAUCCAGGUUGCAUUCCGUGACUACAAAAAUCCCCCCCCCCACCAACAGGACAGUAAACACAGUUCGGUUUUAUCGACGGCGAAGUGACGUGUUUUUUGCCCUCGGCCUUCCUUUAGUUCUGAGAUUAACGGAUAGGCAGCGAAGGUGGGCUUCGAGAAGAGGUUUCCUGGUUGUCGAUUGUAACAAAAAAAAGAGCACUUGCACGUGCUUUCUCCCGUUUUUACUGUUAUCGUUGCUGUUUUCUUCUACUCAUGUUCAUGUCUUUUAUUUUUAUAUAUAUAUAUAUAUAUAUAUAUAUAUAUAUAUAUAUAUAUAUAUAUAUAUAUAUCAAUGUGGAUAUGAUGAUUUAUUUAAAUGCGAAAAAAAAAAAAAAACUACAUGUAAAGAAAAACUUGAACGUACUAAUAUUUGGGUUGAAGUCCUUUCCAACUGCCGCCCCACUCGACCACACGCAUCUCUCAGACAGACACAGGAACAAAACAUUCUUUAAAAAAAAACAACAAAAAAAAAAUACGAAGGCAAACCGGACCUGCUUUCUGAGACUUUGGCAGAAUUCACAGGUUUCAAAAAGGUACUGUGGUGGCCUCGGUCCCCCUCGAACCCAUCCAGGGUCUAGUUGCACAUACUCAUCUUAACAUUACAGUGUCAAUCCUCCAUGCACAUAUGAGGCCACGUAUGACCUGUAUGACCUCUCUUUAUUUUCCUACUCCGAUGGUAGUUUAUAUAAGCACACUAUAGUAGAUUUCAAUCACUUCAGUGGUUAGAGGGACAAAAAAAUAUUAUAAAUAUAUAUAUAUCAUAUUUUUGACAAGUAGCUCACAGAGAAUAUAUCUAGUGUACAUAAUUCUUUAACAUG